AUGUUGCAGAAUGCCUUUGGGGAUCAAACUCUGUCUUCUAAAAGUGUUUACAAGUGGUAUAACGAGUUCAAAGCCGGUCGUGAGAGUGUUGAGAAACAUGUGGUGUCAAAUCGGCCAAAAACAUCCACUGAUGAGCAUCACGUCAAACAAGUCAAAGAAAUGGUGCUUGAAAAUCGUCGAUUAACUAUUAGAGAUAUUGCUGAUAGUUUAGGCAUAUCAUUUGGAUCGGCGCGUGCGAUUUUGAAAGACGAAUUAGGCCUAAGAAACGUGAAAUCACGAUUGGUUCCAAAAACCCUAAAUUUUUUCGAAAAAGACCGUCGUGUUAACAUCUGUGAAACAAUGCUUUCUGAAUAUCAAAACGUAAUGAAACGCAUCAUAACUGGRGAUGAGACUUGGAUCUACGCUUACGAUCCCGAAACAGCCGAUCAAUUGAGCGAAAAUCGUGCUGAAGACGAGCCAGAAUCAAAAAAACCACGUCAAAUGCAGUCAUAA